GAGGCGGUGCUGGGCCGGCGGGACGCGGAAGUGAAGCGGGGAGCUGGCAGGGAGCCGCCAUGGGAGCCCCGCUCCUCCCGCUCCUGCUCCUCAGCCUGCUGCCUUGGGCCGAUGGCAGCGGGGCGCUGCGGGCUUUCGUCGUCGCCCACAGCCACAUGGACGUCGGCUGGGUGUACACGGUGCAGGAAAGCAUGCAUGCUUAUGCAGCAAAUGUCUACACGUCUGUUGUAGAAGAGCUAAUGAAAGGAAAGCAGCGCAAAUUUAUUGCUGUGGAACAGGAAUUCUUUCGACUUUGGUGGGAUGCGGUAGCCACAGAUACACACAAGCAGCAGGUUCAUCAGUUGCUUCAGGAGGGACGACUGGAAUUUGUCAUUGGAGGGCAAGUGAUGCAUGAUGAAGCUGUGACACUAAUUGAUGAUCAAAUUUUACAGUUGACGGAAGGCCAUGGAUUUUUGUACGAAACUUUUGGGAUCAGGCCUCAAUUUUCUUGGCAUGUUGAUCCUUUUGGAGCUUCAGCUACAACGCCAACUCUUUUUGCUCUGGCUGGUUUUAAUGCUCAUCUUAUUUCUCGGGUUGACUAUGAUCUGAAGGCUGACAUGCAGAAAACUAAGAAACUUCAGUUUGUAUGGCAGGGCUCUCCUUCCUUAUCUGAAAGACAGGAGAUCUUCACCCAUGUUAUGGAUCAGUACAGCUACUGUACCCCAUCUCAAAUACCUUUUUCAAACAGGUCAGGAUUUUAUUGGAAUGGAAUUGCAACUUUCCCAGAUCCACCAAAAGAUGGUAUUUAUCCAAACAUGAGUCUCCCUGUCACAGAUACUAACAUCCAUCUGUAUGCACAAACCAUGGUGUCAAACAUUAAGGAGAGAGCAGCCUGGUUCCGAACAAGUGAUGUUUUGUGGCCAUGGGGCUGUGAUAAACAGUUCUUCAAUGCAUCUGUUCAGUACUCCAACAUGGACCUGUUGUUGGAUUAUAUUAACAAGCAUUCUGCUGAGUUUGGAGUGACUGUCCAGUAUGCCACUGUUGGUGAUUACUUCCAAGCGGUUUAUAGCAGGAAUCUCACAUGGGAAAUUCAUGACUCUCAAGACUUUCUUCCAUAUUCAACAGAGCCAUUUCAAGCAUGGACUGGGUUUUAUACUUCUCGAAGCAUGUUAAAAGGAAUUGCAAGGAGAGCAAGUUCACUGCUUUUCGCUGGAGAGUCCUUUUUCACACAGUAUGUCCAGAAACAUCCAGCAGGCUCUAUUUGCAAAUGUAAAGCCUUAAAGCAACUUCAGAGCCUUAGAUGGGCAGUUUCAGAGGUCCAGCACCAUGAUGGUAUAACAGGCACAGAGUCUCCCAAGGUGAAGGACAUGUACAUGAACAACUUGAUGUAUGGAAUGUUCAACGUAAAGAAGCUAAUGGCUUCCAUAAUCUUUGACAUGAACAAUGCAAAGAAGAACGGCAAGGUCUAUUCUUCUGUCUACAUUAGAGACUCAGGAAUACCAGGUGCCGCAGACAUUGACCAGUACAUUGUUGUCUAUAAUCCACUGGCGUGGAACAUCACUACCUUUGUCAAGCUUUCUGUCAGCCUCCUGAGAAUGAGUGUCUAUGAUGAACUGGGACAUCCUGUGCCAGCUCAGGUUCAAAGCUCAGCGGAAUCCCAUUCUACAUAUGAUCUGUAUAUUCUAGUUGCAAUAAGUGGUCUGAGCUACAGAAAAUACCAUGUUAAACCCUUGAAUGGUAAGCAGUCUGCGUUUGUUGGAAGAUCUGUCAAGUACAAGCGAAAAGACCUGACUCAUGCAGAUCAACAAAGUCAACAUUUGCUUCCUGUGGUUAACAACUGCUACCAGGUCAUGUUUGACCGAAACACAAAUCUAAUGCACAGCAUUACAGAGAGGGAGACUAACCAGACUGUCCAGUUGACCCAGGAGUUCCUUGAGUACCAUGUGAAUGGAGACACAGCGAAGGGACCAAUUUCAGAUAACUACUUAUUUGCCCCAAAUGCUUCAGCUGUUCCUGUAUCAAAAGCAGUGGGAUUGGAAGUGGUUUCUGGAAAUCUGAUGACAGAGAUACGACAGUAUUUCUACAGUAACGUUACUUCUCAGGAUUACAUAUAUGCACUGUAUACCAGGAUGUAUACAGUACCGGAAGGCUAUGAUGGGAAGUUGCUUUGCCAUAGGAUAGAGCAAGAAUACAGAGUUGGGCCUUUGGAAUUCAAUCGUGAAGCAGUUCUAAGAAUGAGUACAAGUUUGGACACCAGGCAACUACUCUACACUGACAACAAUGGAUAUCAGAUUCAGAAAAGACCAUUCAAAGCAUACGAGAAUAACACAGUGGCUCGGAACUAUUAUCCUAUGGUCCAGACUGCAUACAUUGAAGAUGAUACCACAAGGCUGGUGCUUCUUGCAGAAAGAGCUCAUGGUGUCUCAAGCCAAGGAAAUGGACAAGUGGAGGUGAUGCUUCACAGGAGACUGUGGAACAACCUUCAGUGGGACCUGAAUUACAACCUCACUUUGAAUGACUCUUCAGUGGUUCACCCUGUGAUGUGGCUUAUUUUAGGAACAAAAGCUGUCACCAAUAUUUUGUAUUGGACAAGCGGACUGGCAUUAGAACACGAGCCAGUAGUAAUGUUUGGAGCAUCAUCAGAUGGAGGAGAUAAACCAAAGCUACACAGACAGCUUCAGCAGAAUUCAGUCCACAGUUCACAUGUAACUGUCCCACUUAAUCUUCAUCUCCAGACUCUGAGCAUUCCAGGGUGGAGAUACAGCUCUGAUCGUGUGGAGCAGGUCCACAGCAUCUGCAUGGGUGGACAGAAGAAAGGUGAUGUGGACUUCAGUCGUGUCCUGCUAAGAAUUAGGCACUUGUAUGAAGUUGGAGAGGAUCCUGUCCUGUCUCAACCUGUGAUGGUGGAUCUGAAGUCUUUGCUAAAGGGAUUAGGAUCAGUGAUGGUAGUGGAAGAGCGAUCACUCACAGGCACCUGGGAUAUAAAUACUUUGAAGCGGUGGAAAUGGAAAACUGCACAACACCCCGGCAAAGGAUUCUCCAAAAGCACAGAGACCUCAGGAAACUUUACAGUAACAGUUUACCCAAAGGAAAUAAGGACUUUCUUUGUAUACUUUCAGAGUCAAUAAAGUUUAACAUUACAUUUCAAGAGUGAGUAUGUAAUAGCUUCCAAUUUUUGUUUCAAGAUAGGAAUGAUGACCUUGCAAAACAUUCUACUGCUGUUAAUUGAAGAAAUAGUCAUUUUGGAAUAAACUCUAAAUUUAAUUAAA